GUAGAGGAAGAAAAAAAAGAGAAAGAGACAAAAAAAGAAACUGGAGAGUGGCAACAAAGUAGUAUAACAUAAAUAAAUAACAAUUUGAGAGCGGGAAAAGACGUUAAGUGAUUUCAAAAGCAAAACUCCGCGAAGCAUAAGUGGCAGGCGCAGGAGGUUGUUUUCGUUUGCGUUUGUGGCGGCGGCCUUCUGUCCGCCCACCAGGCACCGGGCCAACUAUUUCCACUCGACCCACGCUUAAGGAUCCUAUCAUAUGGAGAAGAAGACCAAGGACACUCUGAGAAGAUACAAGAAGUCCUCUCGCCACAAUGCCACGCACACGAGCAGCGAGAGCAGCAGCACCGAAUCGGAGAGCGGCAGCAGUUCGUUCAGCAGCACCGACAGCGAGACGGGGCAUGCGGACAGCCAUGGGCAUCCGCACGGCCAUCAUCCGCGCACCGCGGAGCGUCACCAUCGCAAGAAGAAGAGCAGCAGGCGGGCGGCCAGCUCGUCGGGCGAUGAGCAGCACCAGCGCCGGAAGCGGGACAAGCGCGAUCAUGUCCAGAAGAAGCUGGUGGCCAAGCGGAAUCACAUCAAGCGAAAGUUGAAGGAGGCGCGACUCAAGAAGCGUGCCGCCGCCGCCUUGAGCGGGCAUGUUCAUCGCUCGCUGUCGCCGGCCACGCGCUCCAAGCUCAAGAAACUGGCGGAACGGAAGCGGUUGCGUGCCGCCAGCAAGGAGCAGCGGGAACGCGAGAAACUGCGAGCCGUGCAGCGGGAUCGGGAGCGGGAUCAUCAUCGCUUGGGCAGCAGUCGAUCGCCACCGAGUUCUUCCACCACGACCACCACCAAGAUUCGCAUCCAUCAGGAUGUGGUGGGCAGCAAGCGUCAGAAGAGCCCUGGCCUGGGGCCCAAUGGUACGGGCGGCGGUGGCGGUCAUCCCGGACCCGGUUCGUCGCGCAUGCACCACCAGCUGAUGUCGCGCGAGAAGAUCAUCAUUCAGACGCGUGCCCGCGGACGCACUGCCUCCCUGGAGCGGGAGAGGGAACGCGAGCGUGACAGAGAGCGGGAGCGCGAGAGAGAGCGCCAUGAUCUGUCGCUGCGCGAAAGGGAUCGUCGGGAUCGGGACAGGGAGCGAGAGCGAGCCGAGCGAGAGGCGGCACGGGAUAAAGAGCGCGCCGAGGCGCUGGCCCGUUGCCAGGAGCGACAGCGGGAGCGGGAGCGACUAGCACGCGAGAAACUGCGCCGCCAGGAGGAGGAUGACGGCAAGCGGGGCGGCGGUGGGGGUGGUAUUGGUGGACGCGACCUGGAUCUGCCGCCAUAUGCCAGCCGUGAACGUUCCCUGGACGCUGUGGAGCGCGAGCGUGGUGGUGGUCGCCAUAUCCGGGACAAGCGGGAACUGGAUCCGUACGAGCGCGAACAGGAGUACAUGGAGGAGCGGCAUGGCCAUGGCCUGAUCGAUGAGAUGCGUCGCUAUCGUCGCCGCGAGCUGAGUCCCCUGGCCGAGCACUAUGUGCCCCGCCUGCGUGAUCCACGCGAUCUCUACUCCGAGGAGGAGCGCGAAAGGGCCUACAAGCGGGCAUUCAUGGAUGCGCGCUUCUCGUCGCGCGAACGCGAGGCCUGGAUCGAGGCCCGAGAGCUGCGGGAGCGCGAACUCCAGGGACGCGACUACCGGGAGCUGGUGGAGCCCGAGGAGGUCCUCUAUCCGGACGAGCGGGAGCGUGUGAUCCGCGAUCGUGAGCGUGAACGCGAGCGGGAGCGGAAUAUCGACAGAGAGCGCAAUCUGGGGCCACGCGGGGAGUACCGGCCGGAGUGGGAGCGCGACUGGGAUGAUGACGGCAACAGUGCCGGGGGCGGCGGUGGUGGCGGUGGCAGUGGCACUCCCGGCCGUCCCACCGGCUUUGUGGGCGGCCCCAAGCGCGGCAAGCCGCUGCCACAUCCAGGCGCUGGCCCACAGCAGGCGGCCCAGCAGCAUCAUUCCGCCUCCGAGCCCGACUGGGAUGCGGAUGAGCGGGAGCGCGAGCGGGAACGAGACCGUGAGAGAGAGCGCGAACGCGAGCGGGAACGUGAACGGGAUCCCCGGGAUGACAGACCCGACAAUGGCAGCGGUGGAGCAGGUGGCGGCGGCGGCGGUGUGGUCAUCAUCAAGAACGAACCCGCCUGGCUGGAGCACGAUCAGCGGGAGAAGCCACGCUCCUGGCAGCAGCAGCAGUCCAACUCUGGCGGGGAUUGGCGCGACAACGAUGAGCCUUUCGGACGUAGCGGCGGUGGUGGCGGCUCCAACGAUGCUCCACCGCCACCCAACCAUCCGCAUCCCCCGUCGCCCCACCAUCAUGUGCAUCCGCGUGGCGAACGCGGCUCCGGGCGGGGCUUCCGACGCGGUGGCCAUGGCCAUGGCGAUCAUGGAGAGUCCCGUGGUGGUCCCGGCUACAGGUCGCAUCCCCCACCGCUGAUGACGCUGCCUGUGCAGCCACCGGGCGGCUAUCAUGGCGGUGGUGGCGGCGGCUCGCGGGGAUUUCCCCACAAGCGGAUGCAAUAUGGCGGCGGCGGUGGACCCGGCUGUGAUCGAGGCGCCCCGCCCGGCUCUUCAUCGUUUCUCAAGAAACACAUCCAUGUGCCGCUCGUGUCGCCCACACACCCCACACCGCUGCUGCAGUGCCAGCUGUCGGGGCCGGGGGGCAAGCCGCAGCCCGGCAAUGCUGCUGCCGCACAGGCCAGCGCUGUGGCAGCCGCCACAACAGCGGUGGCAGCGGCCAAGGCGGCUGCCCAGAGUGCCGCCAAUGCCACCACCAAUCCGGGCAUACUGGGCCAAGUGAGCGGCAAGCCGACGACCCACGUUAAGCUGGAGGAUGCCUCCGAGGACUCGGUGAUGAGCACCCCGAGCCUGGGUACCCAGGACUCAGAGUCGCCCAACGGUUCGGCAAACGGCAACGAGCUGGUGGGCUGCAGCAUCAUCAAGCAGGAGCCACGGCCGCCCACACGAGAGCCAGAGGCGGAGGAGCUGAGCGAGAUCAGCGACAGCGAUGAUGACAUACUCAACACAACGGAGAUCAUCCUGGGCAGCCAGCCCACAGCGGGCGCAGCUGCUGUGCGGCCUAAGGACGAGCUGCAGCUGGAUGGGGAUCCAUUGGCCGGCACACAGGAGCUCUCCACGGACACACUCUCGCCAAGCACAGCGGAGGAGGUGAAGAGCGAGAGUCCAUCUUCAACUGCGACGACAACGGGUACCGGCAUAGGAGGACUGAAUGGGGGCAAUAUCAAGGUGGAGGAGGUCGACGAGGUGCUGGACUUUGAGGAGAUAUCCGACGGUGAGCUGGAGGAGGAUGCACGUCACAAAGGCAUUGGCGAUGCCUUAGGCGUGGACUGGCAGGGCCUGAUUGCCGAGACCAGGCAGCAGGCCGAGCAAUCGGCACAGCAGCAGGGCGUGGACCGUGGCACCUCGGCCAAGCAGCGUUGGCAGCCGCAUCGGCUGAUACUCGACAUGGGCAUAUCGUUUGGCAUGGCCGGCGAGCAAUACGCCCGUCAUGUUAUGGAGGAAGCCCGACAGCAGCUCAUUCAGGAGAAGGAACAGCUGAGGUUGGCCGAGGAGCAGGCCUUGCUGCAGCAACAGCUGGCGGAGGAGCAGGCCGCCGAUCCGGAGGAUCUGCCCAUCAAAAAGGAGGAGCCUUCACUUAAGCGUGCCUCACCGCUGCACGACUAUCGCGACAUUCUGGCCACGGAUCAACUUGCGCCUAUGGCCUGCGUACAGCAGGGCCUACGCGGCCUUGCCGCCGAGCGUCAGCGCCUAAUGGGCAAUGUCUGCGGACCGGGGAGUCGAGCGCUCUGUGCUCGCCAGGACCUUCGCCUGCGACGGCAGCUGUGUGGCCUGCCUGCACGUGAAUGCGAAUUCCCGCGCAACAUGCCCGUGGUGGGUGAGGGGCUGCGGCAUCUGGCCAUGCAAAUGUUCCAGCGCAGCCUCGACGUCAAAUGAGAUCCGAUGCACAGGGAGUGUCGUCGCGCCAGGCCACAGGCCGCACCCACCUACCGACUGGAUGUGAAAAUCUAUGCGGGUGGCCAGCGCGAGCAGCAGCAGCUACUGCACCGGAAACGCAAGUGGAAGUGGACGAGGCAAGACAGAGAUUGAACUAGAAUUAAACGAAAGGAAAGCUUACGAAAUGGUUCCAAAUCACCGAACCGAAUUGAACCGAACCGAACCGAACCAUAUUCUAUUAUUCUAUUUUAGUUGUUAAUAAACAUUUUAUCUUGAUCCACUUGUAUUCCUAUUUCUAAUAGUUCUCUCCAAUUUGUGGCUACAAUAUUCCAUGUGUGAUUAUACAAUGAAUAAAACUAUA